AUGUAUCUCACUGGUCAACACAAUGUUAUCCCAGAGGUAAAUAUGGUACAAGACAUCACGCAUGUUAUCAUGGCAUUCAUGCACUCGUCCGCUUUCAAGGUGCUUGGUGCGACUGAAUGGCCUCUGUUUUCUACAGUCGAAGAGGUCCGCUCUAGAUUUGCUCCUGAUACAGCUGUCAUGAUUGCCAUUGGUGGAUGGGGAGAUACGGAAGGUUUUUCAAAAGCAGCUGCCACAGAUACCAGCAGAAAGCUUUUUGCGCAGAAUGUUAAGAAAAUGAUUGGAGCAACAGGCGCAGAUGGUGUGGAUAUUGACUGGGAAUACCCAGGUGGAAACGGUGACAACUACAAGAGCAUUCCAAAUUUUGAAAAAGCUUGGGAAAUUAAUGCAUAUCCGAAACUACUAGCAGAGAUUCGAAAUGCGCUCGGCCCAGAGAAACUCAUAUCGGCAGCUGUUCCCGGUCUGAAACGAGAUAUGAUUGCUUUUACAGAAGCAAACUUACACCGACUUAAUGAAUCCUUAGACUUUCUCAAUAUCAUGACUUAUGAUUUGAUGAAUCGCAGAGACAACAUUACACGACACCAUACCGGGGUGCAACUGUCUCUAGAGGGAUUGAAUUCCUAUCUGAGUAACGGAAUAGCUCCGUGGAAAGCUAACCUAGGCUUUGCGUUCUAUGUAAAAUGGUUUAAGACUGACCAUAACGAUGUGGGAGCAGACCUUGAUCGAUCGGGAAGUUUUUCAUGGCAUGACCCAGUUCCACCAGAAUUGAUAGCCUCUUAUAGCAAAGCAAUAACCCGAGGCAGCUAUGACAGCCACGGAGGCGGGCAUUUCUUCUGGGAUGAAGAAGAAAGGAUAUUCUGGACAUGGGAUACCCCAGAGGCUAUUCAUCGAAAGUUCUCCUUGCUAGUAGAUGAGUUGGAGUUAGGAGGUAUCUUCGCCUGGGGUUUGGGAGAGGAUGCGCCUGAUUUCAAACACCUCCAAGCACUAACAGUCGCUCUUCGUGGAGGCUCGCAAUUUGUUCACCAUUCAGCCACUCACAUCAAACAUUCAAUAGCUCCUAUUCAGAAGGAGGAGCUAUGA